GCGGCCGUGAGGGAGCGCCUGCGCUCGUCCCAGCGGUGCAUGCCGGGCGUCCUGCCCGCCGUGACGCUGCACAUCGCACCGGGCACCGCCACCGGGGCCCGCGGCCAUGGCGGGCGUCAAGGUGAUCGCCAACGACACCGAGUUCCAGCCCGAGCUGAGCGCCGCCGGCUCCCGCCUGGCCGUGGUGAAGUUCACCAUGAGGGGGUGUGGGCCUUGCUUGCGAAUCGCUCCCGCCUUCAGCGCCCUGAGCAACAAAUACCCACAAGCAACAUUCCUGGAGGUGGAUGUGCACCAGUGCCAGGGCACAGCUGCCACCAACAACAUCUCAGCAACUCCCACGUUCCUGUUUUUCCGGAAUAAAGUGAGGAUUGAUCAGUACCAGGGAGCAGAUGCCGUGGGUUUGGAGGAUAAAAUCAAACAACACCUGGAAAAUGACCCUGGAAACAGUGAAGACACAGACAUUCCCAAAGGAUAUAUGGAUUUGCUGCCUUUCAUCAACAAGGCUGGCUGUGAGUGCCUGAACGAGAGCGACGAGCACGGCUUCGAGAAUUGUCUGCGCAAGGAUUCCUCUUACCUGGAAUCCGACUGUGACGAGCAGCUGCUGAUCACCGUCGCUUUCAGCCAGCCUGUCAAACUCUACUCCAUGAAACUUCAGGGGCCAGACAAUGGCCAGGGCCCCAAGCUGAUCAAGAUCUUCAUCAACCUCCCUCGCUCCAUGGACUUUGAGGAGGCGGAGCGCAGCGAGCCCACGCAGGCGCUGCAGCUGGGCCCCGAGGACAUCCGCGAGGACGGCGUCAUCCAACUGCGCUACGUCAAGUUCCAGAACGUCAACAGCGUCACCCUGUUUGUGCAAUCCAACCACGGCGACGAGGAGACGACGAUCAUCUCGUACUUCACCUUCAUCGGAACCCCGGUGCAGGCCACCAACAUGAACGACUUCAAACGAGUAGUUGGGAAGAAAGGAGAGAGCCACUAGGAAUGGAAUCCUUAUCCCGCUCCGAAAUUCCCACUUUUCCGACUCCUGGAGAACGGCUCGGCCAUCCCAGAGACUCUCACUUGGAAUUCCCGCCAUUCCCAAGAAAUCUGGAAUCUUUUCCCUGGAUUUGUAAAUAAAAUUCCCAAUUUUUUGCCAGGUGGAAUUUGGUUA